GUCCUCAUUGGUAGCUAUCCGGACGUGUUCGCAGCAGGCAGCGCAUGGGCCGGUGUACCCUUCGGCUGCUUUGCUGGCGACGGCUUCGACGUCUGGAGUGACGCGUGUGCUAGAGGCCAAAUCGUGAAGAACGGACCGCAAUGGGCAGCUCUUGUGCGCAACGCAUAUCCCACGUAUCGCGGCUUCCGACCAAAAUUCCAAACACUCCAUGGCACAGCGGACACGGUACUUUAUCCACAAAACUUCCGUGAGCAGAUCAAGCAGUGGACGAGCGUAUUCGAUGUGAGUCAGAAGCCGACGGAGAUCACGGAAGACGUGCCUUUCGAAGGCUGGACGAGGUUUCGGUAUGGCGACAAAUUCGAAGCGUAUGAGGCAGGGAGUGUGACGCAUGAUAUCCCGACGGAUGCUGAUACGGUGAUGGACUUCUUCGACUUGAAGUGCAGCGGGUCGAGCUGCUUCUCAAGGCCCAGAUCGGGUAACAGUACCUGGUAG